AAUUUUGGUUCUUGGUUUCAUUUUCGCCACCCUUUGUCUAAUAACCACAGAAUUUGCUUGUAAUGGCGAUGUCCAUUCGGGAAAUUGCUUAGAGUCCGAUCGAGAAGCUCUUGUUGACUUCAAAAAUGGUCUCAAAUACUCCAAGAAUCGGUUUUCAUCAUGGAAAGGUAGCAACUGUUGUCACUGGGAAGGAAUUAAUUGUAAAAAUAGCACAGGAGUUGUGGUUUCAAUAGAUCUUCGUAACUCAUAUGAUAGUUUUAGUGAUUAUCAGAAUUGGAGUUCUACGAAAUUGAGUGGAGAGAUUAGACCCUCGUUGAAGAAACUCAAGUUCUUGAGGUAUUUAGAUUUGAGUGGCAACUCAUUUGAUGACAUCUCAAUUCCUCAAUUCUUUGGAUCGUUAAAAAAUUUACAAUAUCUAAACCUAUCAAAUUCUGGGUUUAGUGGUGCAAUUCCUCCAAAUUUGGGAAACCUCUCUAACUUGCAGUCUCUUGAUCUUUCUUCCGAAAUUUCUUAUUUAUGGUCUGAUAAUCUUGACUGGAUGGCUGGUCUUGUUUCCUUGAAGAAUCUUAACAUGAACCAUGCCAACCUUUCAAUGGUGGGGCCUCAUUGGGCUGGGGUGUUAAGUAAGCUUCCAAUUUUAACUGAUCUGCAUCUUCUUGGGUGUACCCUCUCUGGUUCAAUUUCAUCCCUAGGUUCUUCCAAUUUUAGUUCACUUGCUAUUCUAUCUAUCAGUCAGAACGCCUUCAAUUCAAAGUUUCCUGAAUGGCUUGUGAAUGUCAGCAGCCUUGUAUCCAUAGACAUAAGCAACAGUGAGUUAUGGGGGAGGGUUCCGCUGGAUCUCAGUGAGCUACCUAAUUUGCAGUACUUGGAUCUCUCUGGUAAUAAAAAUCUGAAAGGCAGUUGCGCCCAGUUGUUGAAGGGAAGCUGGAGAAGGAUAGAGGUGCUCAUUUUGGCUUCAAAUAACUUACAUGGUACAAUUCCAAGCUCAAUCGGAAUUCUUUGCAACUUAAAAUAUUUGAACUUGGGGUUUAAUAACUUGACAGGAAGUCUACCAACAUUCCUUGAGGUGCCUGAAAAUUGCAGUUCUGAAAGUCCUUUGCCCAAUCUCACCCAUUUAAGUUUGUCAAGCAAUCAGUUAACUGGAAAACUGCCGGAAUGGUUGGGUGAGCUUGAAGAGCUUGUGGAACUCAGAAUGGAUGAUAACAAUCUUCAAGGUCGCAUCCCUGCUUCUUUAGGGACAUUGCAACACUUGACCAAUAUGUGGCUUGGAACCAACAGACUGAAAGGGACUCUUCCAGACAGUUUCGGACAGCUUUCUGAAUUGGUUUACCUGGAUGUUUCCUUCAACAAUUUGAUUGGAAUUCUCUCUGAAGAAAAUUUUUCCAAGCUAAGUAAGCUGAAAUAUUUAUUAUUGUCCUCCAAUUCUUUUACUUUGAAUGUCAGUUCCCAUUGGGUUCCUCCAUUCCAAAUCCACUUUCUUGAGAUGGGUUCAUGUCAUUUAGGUCCUUCAUUUCCACUUUGGCUCAAGUCACAAAAGGAAGUUGAGUAUCUUGUUCUCUCAAAUGCCAGCAUUUCAAGUUCCAUACCAAACUGGUUUUGGAAUAUUUCUUCUAACAUAGGGUGGGUAAAUCUGUCUCUCAAUCAUUUACAAGGUCAGUUACCAAAUCCACUGAAUCUUGGCCCCUUUGCGACUAUUGAUUUCAGUUCCAACCUCUUUCAAGGACCCAUUCCUCUUCCAAACCGUGGGGCUUACUUACUAGAUCUAUCUGACAAUAAAUUUUCUGGUCCUAUCCCACAGCGCAUAGGUGAAUUCAUGCCAGAACUGUGGUUCCUUUCUCUUUCAGAUAAUGAAAUAAAAGGAACCAUCCCUGCUUCUGUGGGACAUAUGUGGAAUGUUGAGGUCAUUGAUCUUUCAAGGAAUGGAUUGGUAGGAAGCAUCCCUUCGACCAUAAAUAAUUGCUCUAACCUAAGGAUUCUUGACCUUGGGAACAAUGGUUUGUCUGGAAUGAUUCCAGUAUCACUGGGUAAAUUAAAGCAGCUUCGGUCUCUGCACCUAAACAAGAAUAAGCUUUCUGGAGAGCUUCCUCCAUCUUUCCAACAUUUAUCAAAUCUGGAAACCCUGGAUCUCAGUUACAACAAAUUAUCAGGUAGCAUUCCAUCAUGGAUGGGAGCUGCUUUCAGCCAUCUUAGAAUUCUUAACUUGAGGUCCAAUGCCUUUUCCGGGGAACUUCCGUCUGACGUCUCCAAUUUAGAUUCACUGCAUGUGCUGGACCUUGCGGAAAAUCAUUUGACUGGGACCAUUCCCGCUAUUUUGGGUGAUCUUAAAGCCAUGGCUGAAGAGCAAAACAAAAAUCAGUAUCUAUUGUAUGGGAUGUCUUCAGUCCACUACUAUGAAGAAAGCUUGUUUGUAAAUGCAAAAGGGCAAGUUCUAGAAUACACCAAGACUCUUUCUCUGGUUGUCAGCAUAGACCUCUCCCACAAUAAUUUAAGUGGAGACUUUCCGAAGGAAAUAACAAACUUGUUUGGUUUAGUGGUUUUGAACUUGUCGAAAAACCAUAUUAGCGGGCAGAUUCCAGGAAGCAUUUGGAGGUUGCAUCAAUUGUUAUCUUUUGAUCUGUCAAGUAAUAAGCUCUCUGGCACUAUCCCUCCAAGCAUGUCCUCAUUAACAUUUUUGAGUUAUUUGAAUUUAUCAAAUAAUAAUUUCUCUGGUAAGAUCCCCUUCAUGGGGCAAAUGACAACCUUUACAGGGACGGCCUUCGCUGGAAAUCCAAAUCUUUGUGGAGCUCCACUUGUUACUAAAUGCCAAGAUGAAGGUUUAGAUAAAGGGCAAAGUGAUGUUGAGGAUGAAACCGACAAUAACUUCAUUGAUCAGUGGUUUUACUUGAGUGUUGGGUUGGGGUUUGCAGUUGGUGUUUUAGUUCCCUUUUUCAUUUGUGCAUUUAGCAAAUCUUGCUAUGAAGUCUAUUUUGGUUUUGUAAACAAAAUUGUGGGCAAAUUGGUGUGGCUGAAGAGGAGAGUAAAUCGUAGCUAAAACUUAAGGCAUGCAGCUACAAUGAUUGUAUGUAUG